CCGAAUGCUCGUGAAAUUGAAUCAGUGAGCUUUCUGCAUUGUUCAGAAGAACGAUUGCCCCAUUGAUUGGGCUAUACGGAAAUAAAUUAUUCACAUCGCGUAGUUUUUAAAGAAUGCGAUUGAAGACUUUUUGUGGAUUCUCCUGUGACUAACAUCCUUGUUUGGUGAAUUACCUUUGAAGAUCGCACGAAGAUCGCUCAAAGAAGAGGAGCAAUUGCGUGGUCCAUUUUUGGUGCAAUUCUGCCUGGAGGCUGUGUGAAUCAAGUGUUUCGGCCAGAGCGAUCGCAGUGAGACAGAAUCACCCUUCUGAGUUGAUUUCUUGCUGAACCGCUAAGAAGGUGAUUCAUCCCAUACGCACGAUCGCGAAAUUGGCGGCCGCGAAGAUGGGUGAAGAUCGGUGGGAGAGAGAUGAAUGAAUGCCGUGGGGAAGGAUGAAAAGAGACAGGGUGUGUGUGUGUUGCUGUGAAAUUACUGGGAAAACCCCUACCAUGGUCCCCGAGAGAUCGCAACCACAUUCACAAAGGACGCUAAGCCGCAAUUUCUAUUCAAAAACUUUCUGUCAGUUACUACGCGAUCUCUGGCCAAGGUAGUCAAAAAAUCAAGUUUGUUCUCAAUUUAUUAGCCAGCACCGGAAGUGAUGAUGCAUCAUCCAUUCUCACGGUGAUCUUACGGUGUGAAUUUCAUUCAGUGAUCGUUUCGUUGUUGCUGCCAAAGAAUGGCGCCAAAAAUUGUGCUCACAGGUGGCAAAAUAUUGUGGAAAAAUGCAAAAUGACUCUGUAGGAGAGUGUAGCAAAAGUGCAAGUAGUGCAAGUGAUAGUGCAGGGCAUGGGCUAUCAGAUGCUGGCCAAGAAGAUGCUGAAGAUACCCCCAGAAAUCCCAUGGUGCUCGUCCCAGGAGAUCCCUCCGAAUGGAACAGUCAACACAUCGAAUCCUGGCUCGAGUGGACAACCAGGGAAUUCCAGAUCGAUCCUCCACCCCAAUCAGCGCGUUUUCCCACAACUGGCCAGGAGCUGGUGAGCCUCACACGUGCAGAUUUCUGGGUUUGUGCAGGAUCAAAGCAAGGUGGCAAUAUCCUAGCCAAGCACAUUGCCCAUCUAAUUCACAGCUCAACCGGCAGAUCUCAGAGUCCCCUUCUCAGUGAUGAAGAUCCAAAUCCGUAUCAGUUGCUGAAUGCGGCAUCACACAGAUUGGUGGCGCAGGGUUCCGGGCAGAUCCAAUUGUGGCAGUUUCUUCUGGAGCUCCUCGCUGAUUCGUCGAAUUCCGGUUGCAUAACAUGGGAGGGAACGAAUGGGGAGUUCAAGCUCACAGAUCCGGACGAGGUGGCGCGACGCUGGGGCGAACGCAAGGCAAAACCCAACAUGAACUACGACAAGCUGAGUCGGGCGCUAAGGUAUUACUACGACAAGAACAUCAUGACAAAGGUCCAUGGGAAGCGCUAUGCGUACAAAUUUGACUUUCACGGCCUCAUGGCGGCGUGUCAGGCUCAGGCACAGGGAGCUGAUGCUUCGGGGAUGAUCUCUGCUGCCACAGCGGCGGGAUAUACAAAGUAUGGGAUGCCAGGAGGAGCUACGGAUCUUGGACCAAGUGUCUACUCACAGACGUCGGGAGCAGUGAAACCUGCACCGUCUCAUUUAUUCCCACCGCCACCCUACUGGCCCUACUCCCCGCCACCCUUUGACCCCCGACCCCCAUCUUCCUUCUGAGGUCCCAUCUCGCCUCUGCUCUAUUGGCCACCUCAGAGACACUCUCCACCCGCCUAAUGGCCAUUUAAUCCUCAACACUAAGGGGUGCAUAUCUGGGGCGAAUAUUAUGUCCUUAUCACAGCACUGUAGAGAAAUCUACGCUAGAUUUUAGCAAAUUAGAGGCUAAAGGAGUGAAGUAAAAUUAAAAAUAGAAUUUUAAUAUGUAUUAGUUUUUGAAUUAAUUAACACAUAUUUUCUUAUUAAAUGCAGAAAGUAGGAUAUGGCCAAUUUGUUAAAGGAAAGAAGACAACGGAAGUUAUUUUCCUUAAAAACCCUAAAAGAAUUAAUUAUUCCCCGGUGUUCUCCCCUUUAAAUUUAUUUUUAUUUAAGAACAUAAACAUUUUAACCGUCCGUACGCCAUGUAUCAAUACACUCAUGCGUAUUGCCAUGGGGUAGGUGAUCGACCCCAUAGAAUUUUGCGCAAAAUAAACUAAUUUUUUCGGUGAAAUGUGCAUUAAAAAACUCCUUAGUACUUCCUAAGCAGUCUUUUGCCCAUUUUAAAACGCAAAAAUAAUUUUAAAAAUGGAUUUUUUGCUUUGAUGAUUUUUGCAAUGCGUUUUUUGAGGUUAGAAUCGUCGAGAAAGAGACAAAGAGUAACAAUGAGAAGGAAAAAUGGAAUAAAUUUGACCUUUACAUCAAUUUUUGAGUUCCCAUUUCCUACAUUUUAGCUAUGAUUCUUUUUCUUAAUAACUUCUUUUCUAGUCGUCGGAUUGACGCCAAAUUUUUACAUAAUCUUCUCAGAUAACCAAGGAACUUAUUUCCAAAAAAUCGUUCUCUAAGAAUUAGAGCGUAAUAUCUCUAAAUAUAGCGCUGGGGUCGGUCACUUCGGUUUUAAGUCAAAAUAAUAAAUCCAUAGACGAAACAUGGCAGAAAAAAGAUAACAAAAUACAAAAGAAUAAAGGAAAUAAUAACAUAAUUUUCCGCCAGGUGUGAACCCCUUGCAUCUCCAUGGGGUCAGUGAAUAGCCGACGGCAAGUAAAACUCCGUCGUUGUCCCCAACCUCUGGGAGACUGUGUCCCUCCUAUUCAAUUGCACUGGCCACACUGAGCAAAUUAUGGCGACAAUUUGCCACUUUAUUACAUUCUUGUUAGCAAUAAUUAGAAUUAAUCCUCCUUCCUCGUCCCAAAAAUUUCCCAUCCCACAGGAAUCCCAUUCCCACAAAAUAUCGUGUUAAAUGUGAUUGAGAAAAUGUACAUUUAAAGUAAUUUUUAGUAAAUGGACGUAAUGUACUUAAAUAUAUUAUACAUAAAUCCACAUUAUUAUGUGUAAAAAAAUUGUAAUAAUUGUUAAUAUAAUUGAUAAGAGAGAAAAGGAGAUAGGAGAUGUAAAAUAAUACUUAAUUUUUGUGUAAUAGAUCUCUUGUGUCGCACACACCAUCUCAAAGUCCUUUUUGAUGUGUAAAAUGCAAGAAGGAAUAAAGUACAAUUUAUUUAAAUUUAUAAAA